AUGGAAGAAUGGCCAGUUGACUCGGGGGCUCCACCGCGAGAAUUGAGAAAGUGGGUAGAUAAGUUAUGGCUGGGUUUCAGCUACAUUGAACAACCUCUUGCCAAUUUGAUUGCACCAAAUGUUAUUGAAUUGCUUCACCGAGGAAUUGGUCUAAAUGCAACUCAGCCCCAUUCAAGGUCUUUCUUCCAAUCUCCCCAGAAUCCCACUGAAAAAGCAAUCUUCGAUUGGGCCAUUCGGCAAACGGGAAUGAACAUAGAUUCAUUGAGAAGAAGUUAUACCAUUCUUGAUAUUGAACCCUUCAACUCAGAGAAUAGACAAAACAGGGUUUUUAUCUGCAAGAAUGGCUAUAACGUGAUUCACGUGCACCGGAAAGGAGAUCCUAAGAUGAUAAUACCAUUGUGCUCUCACUAUUAUGAAACCACAGGAACUGUCAAAGUCAUUAAUCAAAAUGAAAGGGUGUUGCUGGAUCAAAUACUUGAAGACAUGUCAAAGAUUGGCCUCAGGUGCAUUGCUUUUGCACAUAGAGAAACACCAACACCAAAUAGUUGUCCUGAUCAACAACUGAUCUUAUUAAGCUUUGUUGGUCUAAAAAACUCGCUUAGAUAUGGAGUUGAAGAUGUUGUGAAAGAUUGCCGACGUGCUGGAGUGAACAUCAGGAUCAUCACAGAAAACAACAUUCAAACUGCCAGAGCUAUAGCCACGAAAUGUGGUAUAGUUGGGGCAAAUGAAAAGCCUGGAGAAGUAGCAGAAGGUGUGGAAUUUCAGAACUACACUCAAGAGGAGAGAAUGAAAAAAGUUCUCAACAUCUCUGUGAUGGCCAGAGCCAGCCCCCAAGAUAAAUUGCUUAUAGUGCAAUGCUUGAAACAGAAGGGCCAUGUUGUUGCAGUUGUUGGGUGUGGCAUCAGAGAUGUGCAGGCAUUGAGGGAGGCCGAUGUAGGACUAUGUCUUGGUACUCAAGGGGCUGAUAUAGCCAAGGCCUGCUCGGAUAUUGUCAUCCAGCAUGAAGAUCUGGCAUCUGUAAUCAACAUUUUGAGGUGGGGAAGAGGGAUUUUUGAAAGUGUGCAGAUAUACAUUCAGCUCCUACUCAUUGCUAGUUUUGUUGCUCUGGUGACCGACUUUGUGAUGGCUAUUUCAACCGGUGAACCCUCGAAUAUUGAUGCAAUGGCAUUGCUAUCAGUUGGUAAAGUCCCAUAUCCAACUCUUCAACUUAUGUGGGUGAAGCUGAUAAUGGAUACAUUGGUUGCUCUAGCUGUGACUAUUAAGCAGCCUGCUGAAGAGCUUGUGAACCGACCACCUCGGGGAAGGAAUGCACCUCUAAUGACCAACAUCAUGCUGGGGAACAUAAUGGUUCAAGCUUUAUAUCAGAUAGCCAUCCUCCUGACCAUACAUUUCAAGGGAAAAUCAAUCUUCAAUGUCAAUCCGAAUGCAAAAGGCACAAUGAUCCUCAAUACUUAG